AACCACAUGAAAACUACGCCACGAUCAAGAUCCUAGCAGACCUGUCCGCGGCGACUCUCAAGCGCAGGAGGGAUUUCCAACCGGUGACAGAAGAAUUGCGACGUGCAGGAAUAAGGUACCGUUGGGGAUACCCCACCAAACUCCUAAUUACCAAAAGCGGCGAGAUCAACGUGGCCUCCACGCCGGAAGAAG